CAACUGUAGAAACGACAUUUUGAGAUAAUCAAGGAAUUUGACUACAGACUGACUACUAAAUGAGGCUGUACUGCCAAAACACAAUUCCAAGAGAGAAGGAAUCUGCGCGUGGGAACCCCAGGCCCCUUCCCCACUGCCAGGAGCCAGACGUCCCUCCGCAGCCGCGCCGCCCCUCGCUCUACUCCCCGAGCGAAAGCCGCGGGACGUCGCAGACGCACUGACUCCGCCUUCCACCAAUCUCGACCCUCGCCGCGUUCCGUUCGUGCGUGGAGCAGUCGGGACUGGAGGCUAGGCCGCCGGGCGGGCAGGGGCUGUGGCGCGGCAAGCGGCGGGCCAGCGAUGGCGCGAAUGGCGGACUCACAGCUGUUCUGCGUGGCGGAGGAACGCAGCGGCCACUGCGCCGUGGUGGACGGAAACUUCCUCUACGUGUGGGGGGGCUACGUGUCUAUUGAAGACAAUGAAGUAUAUUUGCCUAAUGAUGAAAUUUGGACCUAUGAUAUUGAUAGUGGGUUGUGGAGAAUGCACCUCAUGGAAGGAGAACUCCCAGCCUCCAUGUCAGGAAGCUGUGGUGCUUGCAUUAAUGGAAAGCUGUACAUUUUUGGAGGAUAUGAUGACAAAGGAUACAGCAAUCGACUUUAUUUUGUUAAUUUACGAACACGAGAUGGAACCUACAUUUGGGAAAAAAUCACCAACUUUGAAGGACAACCACCCACACCACGUGAUAAACUUUCCUGCUGGGUAUAUAAAGACAGACUAAUAUAUUUUGGUGGUUAUGGGUGUAGGAGACACAGUGAACUCCAAGACUGUUUUGAUGUUCAUGAUGCAUCUUGGGAAGAGCAGAUAUUCUGGGGAUGGCAUAAUGAUGUCCAUAUAUUUGACACAAAGACACAGACUUGGUUUCAACCAGAAAUUAAAGGUGGAGUUCCACCACAGCCACGAGCCGCGCAUACGUGUGCAGUUCUUGGAAAUAAGGGUUAUAUCUUUGGCGGACGUGUUUUGCAAACUAGGAUGAAUGAUUUGCACUAUCUAAACCUAGACAACUGGACUUGGUCUGGAAGACUUUUUUUCCCCCCUUGCCACAGGAUUACUAUUAAUGGAGAAAGCCCAAAACAUCGGUCAUGGCAUACUUUAACACCUAUAGCUGAUGAUAAACUUUUCCUAUGUGGUGGACUAAGUGCAGAUAAUAUCCCAUUAAGUGAUGGUUGGAUUCAUAAUGUCACAACAAAUUGUUGGAAACAACUUACACAUUUACCUAAAACAAGACCUAGGUUAUGGCACACAGCCUGUUUGGGAAAAGAAAAUGAAAUAAUGGUAUUUGGUGGGAGCAAAGAUGACUUACUUGCCUUGGAUACAGGUCACUGUAAUGAUUUAUUGAUCUUUCAAACACAGCCUUAUUCGCUACUCAGGUCAUGCCUUGACUGCAUUGGUAAAAAUUCUAUCAUGUUAGAAAGUCAGAUAUCUUUGUUACCUCCUAAACUUCUGCAACAAGUACUCAAAAAAAUAACAUUUUGGGCUGCAGCUAAUCACCGAGAAGAACAAAGAGUCCAAAAAGAAGAAACAGAAAAGAAGUAUCAGUGGAUCAGUAGCAAUUAAAUUGUUACAUACUCUACAUAUUUAGUAUGUCUUAACAUUUUAAUCAGACUGUACAUUUACACUCCCAAAUUGCAGGCUCUAUUUAAAGGAUAAAAUUUGGAAUACAAAUACUCUGUUAAGUGACUAUAUGCCAUGGGAUAUAUGAAAAAAAGAUGUUAAUGCAGAUUAAUUUAUAUUUGUAAACAAAUUUCCUUACAAGCUACAGAACAAUUAUUCUUUCUGAAAGUAAGUACAGUUAUAACAGAUUUUAACUCAAAUAUGUAUUCUUUAAUGGAAAGAUUACAUACAUUUGAGAAUAAGAAAUUACUCUCAAGAACUUCAGAAAUCCCCAACGUAAUUUCAUAAAUAUAUAAAUACAUGUAUGUAUGCGAAAACACUACAUAUACACUUUCAGAAAGAAUAAACUUUCUCAAGUCAUUUUGAAGUUACCUAAGGUUCUCUUUGAAUAACUAAUACAGUGGGCCAAAUAUUAUAAAAUAGGCAAACACCAGAAUGGUAUUAAAUAUUGAACUCUUGCCCUUUUCGACACUUACCUAGUAAAGUAUUCUUAGGCAUCAUCAUAACUUUUCCUCACCUUUAUUCGAAUAGAGGAAUAAAUGUCUUCAAUUGUCUCUCCAUUACCCCUAAGUUAUUAGUUUGUCUAGUUUAUAUAUAAAGACCAUGCUUUAAAGUACAUAAAGUGGAGGUUUAUUUAUCAUACAGGCUUUGAAACAUUGAGAAGCAGUAUUUUUAUUAACUUUUUGAGACAUAUUAAAAUACAUUUUGCCUUAGAAGACUGCUUCUAAAGUAAUUUUUGUAAGUAAUGAGAUGGGAUGGUAAUCUAGUAAUUUGACUUUAUAGAAACCCCUCAGUUUGGCCCACACCAUUCCACAGAGUUGUGCUCAAGACAGACACUGAAAAAAUCUCAUACCUUCCGUUUUAUUUUCAGCAUUACCAUCUCUACAGAAAUAGAACACUGUAUCUUUAUAUUCCUAAAAAUGGUACUUUUGGCAUAAUUAAGAAAUUUUUCUUCAUAUUGUCACAAUCAUGCCCUUCCAUUGAAUUACUAAUUACAAUUAAUUACUAAAAAGCUUGGUAUAUGAAAUUAUUCUCCACAAUAUUACCAUGUAAGUUAUCUCUGAAAUUUAAAAUGUUAAAGAAAAAUAUUUCUAUAUUGAAAUAUAUAUAAUUUAUAAAUGAAAUUAUAGUAGUUUGUAGUAUUUCAUUGAAUUUUAGAGAGAUAUUUCAUAUAUAUUUACUGUAUUUUGGAUGUGUAAAGCUUCUAUUUAUGUAUUGAAAUAUUUUUUUACAUUUUAUUUAUUGUACAAAGUAUAUGUGAUUACUGUCUUCGUUUUUGUCAGUGUAAAGCAGUCAUUAGAAUUGAUUGUACAAAAAAUAUUUCAUUGUCAGUUUUCAUUUUUCUCACUAUUUUUAGGCUGAAUAACAGAUUUAGAAAAUGAA